AUAAAAUGACGUGACAAAACAAAUUAGAACAGUGUAUUUUUUGAUCGAACAUGAAACUUCAACAGAAAUGAUAUGCCUUUCGAACAAAGCCAUGAAUAUCUGGCUAAAUAUAAACCGUCAAACAAAAUGUGUAACGUAAGUAAAUAAAUAUAAUAAAAAUAAGCUACUUAUCUACGUCAAUACAAAUGUUACCUGACAAAUCGAGCUUAGACGAUUGUAACAUAUCAAAAAUUUUAGCAAUUUGUCAUAAGGAGACGCAAACAAAGAAAACUAUCUUAAAAGAUUCUGGUUCAUCUACUGAUUCGCAACAGUGUCGGUCAGACACCUUAAUUAAAGUAGACAAAAGCUGCUUAAAACAAUUUGAAUUCAACCAAAUAAUAAAGGAUUCGGAGAAUUCCAAUUCUAUUACUGUUAUAAGGGAUAGUUUUAUAGAAGAAACACGCGAUCAUUCCGAUGAAUCUAAAAGCCCUACCGACGACGCAGUAGCCAAUAGAUACAAGUACUGUAGAGAAGUAAUUAAACCUUACCUCAAGUCAUAUCCACAAGACUGUCCUGAUUUAGAAGAGAAAUUAAUACAAGAUACAUUAAAAUCUAUACAAGACGAUUUGCCUGAUUACCAACCUUGCAUUGAAGUAACAGAUGACAGUAAAAAUAUAAAAAAUAAAGAAGGGAGCUUAUCAAUAAUCAGUGAUAGCCAAGUAGACGCCUGCACUUCUUGUACACCGAGAUCUAGUUGUACUAAAACGCCAAGUGGCUCAUCACAAAUAAACAGAACUCUAAAAUCCAGUAAAUCACCAAAUACUUGUGAUAAACAAAAACCAAUCUGUACACCGAAAUCGAGUUAUACUAAUAGAACUAAGUGUCUGUCUAAAAAUUGUGUGCUACAAAAAACAAAUUCGACAUCUGAAACUAUUAUGAAUUGUGAUAAUAAAAAUUCCAAAAAUGAAGACACAAAAAAUUGUCCCUCUCUUCAAGAAAAACAUCGAUGCAAAAAAAAAGACAAUACAUGUCCGCCUCCAAUAGAUAGUUGCAGUGAACGUGAAACAUCUAAACACGAUUUACCUGCGGUAUCAUGUUCUAAAAGCGAUCAUACUCCUAAAUGCAAAGAUAAAAUUUUAAUACAAUGUUGCGAAGAGAAACCUAGUAAAACAAAAAUAGCUAGUUCUAGCAGUUAUUCCUGUAAUAUAGAAUCAGAAGAAAGUCCAUGUUCAAAAACUUGUAAGCCUUGUUCUUCUCAUAGUACACUAGGAAUGCGUAAAGGUAUACUGGACUCGCAUGGAGAAACAAUUACUACUAUUAAAGUUGCAGCAGAAGAUUUCUUUGGUCAAGUAUACAAAAUGACUAAAGAUGCUGUAGCUGUAACGAAAGAAAGCACCCGACAGUUAUGUAAAAUAACAACAAAGAAAUCAGAAAGUAACAAUAAUGCAGAUCCACCGACAAAUACAAAAGUGAAUGAUAAUUCAGAAACUCUUCCAGACUCACAAGAAACUAGGGAAUGUGAAGAAUAUACAGAAGAGUUUAAAAAAACACGAGAUGUUCUCCAAAAUUUAGUUACGAAAGUAGACUCAACAAUUUCAGUUAUCAGUGAUCAGAUACAUACUGUCACCAAUUCUAUAUUAAAGAUAAAAAAUUUCAAUGAUAAUAGUUCACCAUAUGACAAACCAGCAUCUCCUAAAGAAAUUUCCCACAAUAGUAAUCUGCAGGAAACGGCUUCCAUCCCUAGUAAUGUGUUUAAUGUUAUUAAAUCAAAACUAUGCUCAAUGUUUUGCGAAAAUGAAAAACCAGAGAACUCUUUGUCCAGGACUUCCUCUACUAUAUCAACGGAUAGCAACAUAUCAAAGAAAGAAACUGAUAUGAAUCCCUUAGAAGGAUACAAAGAAUAAACAUAUAUUUAAAUAGAUAUUGACUUUUUAUUUACAUACAAAUCUAAAAGACGUGCUACGAACUUUCAGAACUUAAUUCAAACAAUUCCAAAUUUCAUUUAAAUUGCUUUAACUAUAAUAAGACAACAAAUAAAAAGAAAAAUUUUACGCUCAUUUCUUGGUCAUGAUAAGAAGUGAUAUAGGUAAAGACUGAACUGACGAAAGAUGAAAUGUCUUCACCACAAUACCUAGUACCUAAAUUAAAAAAAAAUCCGAAGUGGGUUCAUAAUUAUAUAACUGAGUUAUUAGAUAUAAGUCAGUAUAUACAUAAUUAGAAGAAAGUCUAAAAUUGUAACAGAUAUUAACAGAAAAAAAAGAUUCUUUUCCAUAAGUUAACUGGUACUGGCCAUAUAUAUACAUCUAAUUUAUUUAACAAAACAUGUCACAAAACAAACGCAGAAGUCAUAUAGUACAGGAUUGUAAAAUUAUCCAAAAAAAAUGUGAGAAUAGAAAAAAUGUCUGAAAAACAGCAUUGUGGCCAAAACUGCAGAAAACAAAUAAUG